UACCGUGUGGGGAUUGGCUGGCGGUUGAGCAUGCGUAGUCUGGAGUAGUUCCGGCACUUCUUCCUUCGGUGACGUCAGCAAUCGCCGCCAUUUCGUGUGACCGAUCGGUGGCGAGAGCAGGAAGUCGGUGAAGGAGAAGCUCUGGUGAAGAGGACAAACACACAAACACUACAAUGGGGAACAUGUUUGCAAACCUUUUUAAAGGCCUAUUUGGCAAGAAAGAGAUGAGAAUUCUUAUGGUGGGCCUGGAUGCCGCCGGAAAAACUACAAUCCUUUAUAAGCUGAAGCUGGGCGAGAUUGUGACUACUAUUCCUACAAUAGGUUUUAAUGUGGAGACUGUAGAAUACAAGAACAUCAGCUUCACUGUUUGGGAUGUUGGUGGCCAGGACAAAAUCAGACCAUUGUGGCGCCAUUACUUCCAGAACACUCAGGGACUCAUCUUUGUGGUUGACAGUAAUGACAGAGAGCGAGUCAAUGAAGCAAGGGAGGAAUUGACAAGGAUGCUGGCAGAGGACGAGCUGCGGGAUGCAGUGCUACUAGUAUUUGCUAACAAACAGGACCUCCCAAAUGCAAUGAAUGCAGCAGAAAUCACAGACAAAUUGGGCCUCCACGCUCUACGUCAGAGGAAUUGGUACAUUCAAGCAACCUGUGCAACCAGUGGGGAUGGUCUGUAUGAAGGCUUGGACUGGCUGUCCAAUCAGCUGAAGAACCAGAAGUGAUCCCACCCUGAGUGAACACCAUCCCUCCCUCCGCCCCCUCUUCCGCCUAACUCCCAUCCUGUUCAGCAUCUUGGCAGGGCUUGGCCAAUGCCUCUGCUGCCUCCCAGGCGGGCAUGUCAUCUCCGCGCACAUCUGUGUCGUGUGUCUGUCUGCACGCCUGUGCGAGUGGGAGCAGCAAUCUCACACUGUGCCUUAUACAUGCUUAGCAGUAUUAAUCCCCCUCUGAAUAAAACACUACCCUCCACAUAAUCAGCCAGCGCAUCUCUUUCCACCCCCUUGUUUGUGACACCGACAGGCUUUAUAAUCGGCAGCAGGUAGAUGGACUAUCCCUUGUCUAAACUGUAAUGCCAUUGGGUGGCCAUACAUUUAUAUAUUCUGUAAGGAGAGGUACUUGGAGUGUGACUAUGGCUGAUCAUUUAGUAUUAGGUUAUAUAGUACUACACUCAAUCAGAUCUCCGAGGAUUCAAUGUUAGAAGACAUCUUAUGUUGGAGCCUUUAGUUUCUGAGGAGAUUGUGAGCUCUGACGUUCCUGAGCUAAAGGAUAGAUUGAGUCUGUAUUAUAGGAUUAUGGUGAGGGUUGUAAUCUUAAUAGAACGGCGAAUAGUCCACUCAUUUGUGACGUGAUUAUCCCCCCCCUUUUUUUUUUUUUUUUUUGCUCUCCCUCCUGACAUUCGGUUAAUUUAUGGAGACUGGACACAUACGCAUCCAUUAAAUGACCACACUGGAGAGAUGUUACAGGGCAGAGGAGAAUGCAUAUAUUGGCACAGGGCUGGCAUUUCUAGGUGACCUGUGAAUCAUAUCUAUUCUAAAUACCUCAACCCAUUCCCACAGCCAUUUCAUGCAAUGGCCAGUUUGUAAUUUGAGUCCCCCUCCCCUUGUACUGACAUGCAUGUAACAUCACCAGCCUGGCUCGCUGAGGCUCCUGAGAUGUCUGCUCCCACUCCUAGAAUUUUUUUUUCUUAUUAUUUUGGGGUAUCAAGCGCGGUAUUCCGUACCUUGAAGGAAGUCUGUACAGUAAUAAUUUUAUUCUAAUUUCCUAACGUCACUUACUCAUCCACUCUCAUCCUUAUCCUAAUCCCUGGCCCCUUGUCUAAUUGUCUGCUAGACCAGCGUUUGGUUGUGUAAGAACCAAGGUGCAGAGGGAGGUGAGGGCUAUAGACACGAAAGGGAACAUUUCUUGCAAACACGGCAAGUGACUAGGCUUUUAAACUGGCAAAAAUCGUUCUCUGGGUCCGCCUGUUGCGGUCAUGGACCCAGCCAUACAGAAUAAACCACAAGGACAGUGCGAGUUGCCUCACCCGGAUGUAUUCUGAAUGUAGGAGGAGUCCUUUAAAUUAUAUGACUAUAAAAUGUAAUAAGUACACAGAGUAGUAUUAAAUAAAUAUGACUCGAUCAAAGGAAAUAAGAGAUGAUCCUGUACUUUGUAUCCUAUCUUUCCGUACCCAUAUGGAGGAUACUCACCAGCAAUGUGACUCCCAAAUUAGAAUUUCCUCGUCUCCUGCAGCGCCACCUUCUGGCCACUUGCUGGGAGCUAGUUAACUGUAUUGCGCGUGUGAAGGACUUGGCAGCACACGGCGGGAUUGCAUCCUAUUUUAAUCUGCGUCUAAAUCUUUUGGGUUUCUGUUUAUUUUGUGGGGAAUGGGGUGUAGCUCUUAACAAUUUUAAAUAGCGCUAUAUACUUCAGUCUGUAAAUGAGACCGUUUUCAUAUCGUGCAUAAAUGGCAUCGGAGCUUUAAAGCAACUAUUUUCUUUUCCUGUAUAAAACCGAUACAAAAGCGUGAACUAUGUGAUGUACAAUUGGACCGAAAUUGAGUUUUUUCUUUUUUUUUUUUUUUCUUUUUUUUUCUUUUUGUUUAUUUUCUAACCAUGUUGUAAUUUGUCUGAAUUACUCUAUAUUAAAAGAGUUCUGUAUUAAAUGAUA